UGACGGGCCGCCUAGAGAGGUGCAAUCGCCGCUCGCCCGCCGCCAUGAGGUGUCUUCUGCUGACGGGUCUGCUUCUGGUCGCCCGGCUCGGCCAGGGCCACGCGGCAGGGUCCGCCUGCGCUGACGUGGCGUGCGGCGCCGGCGAGGAGUGUCGACUGCGCCACGUCUGCAGCGAGACCGACAUCCAGGCGUACCUGCCCCCGUGCCAUGACGAGCCGCAGUGCGUCCCGGCCGCCACGUGCGUCGGGCACGCCUGUCCGCGCGGCCACCACUGUCGACUGGAGCCGGACCCGUCGCCGGAAGCGGCCGAGUUCCGGCCGCCGCUGCAGCGGCCCGGCUGCGAACUGACUACCUCCUGCGACCAGCUGAGCUGCCCGCCGGGCCAGGCGUGCAUCACGCAGCCCGGGUGUGAGCACUCGCUGGACGGAUACCUGCCGCCCUGCCGCAGCCUGUACGUCUGCGGGGCGGCGGCGGGCCCGGGCGAGGGCGCCGCCCCGCCAGCUACUGCUCUGCCCGCUGUCGAGGCUGCACCGAAGGUGGACGUGUCUCAGGCCACGCUCGCAGCUGUUGGAGGCGUCCAGACGGGCUCGGCUGCCGCUUCUGUCACUGCCUCGGUCGGUUCAGUCAACGAGGUGAGCUCCGCAGUCGGGAAGACGUCCAGCACUCAGGAGGUGUCACGACCGACUGCGCAGUCUUGCUCUGAUAUCACCUGCGCUGCUGGUGAAAGGUGUGAGAUGAAGGAUUACAAGCCCAUAUGCCGCCCAGUGAACCUGUGCUGACAUCACCUGUCGACCAGGUCAGGUGUGUGAGAAUGGAGCCUGUAAGGCUGGUCCUACAUGUGCAGACAUCACAUGCGCCGCUGGCGAGAAAUGUGAGAUGAAGGAUUACAAGCCCAUAUGCCGCCCAGUGACCUGUGCUGACAUCACCUGUCGACCAGGUCAGGUGUGUGAGAACGGAGCUUGCAAAGCUGGUCCUACAUGCUCAGACAUCACAUGUACCGCUGGCGAGAAAUGCGAGAUUGAGAAUUACAAG